AUGUCAUCGAGACUUCCACUUACCCCAGGUACGGACCCGAUUGGUGAGGUACACAUCACGGUCACGGAGGUAUCAUCACUCAAUCCUUUAAAUGAUGAUGUUCUCGAUAAGAAGAAACAAAUCACAGAGCCUAUCAUGCAUGAGCAUGAUCUAAAAAAUCAUGACUUGACUACCAUAAAUUGGUCAGUCGAUCCUCAAAAUCCAAUAAACUGGUCUCCUAUACGCAAAUGGACAACGGUAUCACUGCUUGUCAUCACAAAUUUCAUAGCAGCAACAUGUACCUCAGCAUUCGAACCGGCCUUGCCCGCCAUAAUGGCCGAUUUCCACUCCACAAACGAUUCCAUCGCCUCUCUCACCGUCUCUAUCUACACCAUAGGAUAUUGCUUAGGACCUCUUGUCAUCGCUCCCAUUAGCGAACUAUAUGGACAUGUGACGGUGCUAUAUCCCGGGUAUAUUGGUUUUAUGUUGGCUCUGGCCGUGUGUGGUUCAAGCAAGAGUCUUCCAUUAUUCAUUGUGUUUCGUGCUAUUAUGGGUCUUGCGGCCAUCACGUUUGUGCUUAUGGGUCCGGCUAUAGUGACUGAUCUUAUACUCAGAGAGAAGAGAGGGUUUGCAUUGAGUAUUAUGUCUGCCGGUCCUGUUGUUUUUGGUAUUUUAUUUUCCUUGUCUUUAAUCAUCCUCAAGGAAACUUAUGGACCAGUAGUCCUGAGUCGAAAGCAAAACAAAGGAGAGAAAGACAUACCCAAAAGCCACAAAACCACAAAUCAAAAAACUCCCCGAGAUAUUCUAAAAGCAGCAUGGAUCCGUCCCUUCAAGAUGCUUUUCCUCUCCCCCAUAGUCCCAUUCGUAGGUUUCUACAGCGCCCUCAGCAACGCCUACGGAAUGAUAUGUUUCGCGACCCUCGGCACCGUUUUCCAAAACAACUACUCCUUUACACCAGGACAGAGCGGCCUCGCCUACUUCGGCCUCCUAUUCGGAUUCCUCUUCUGCCAAUUCACCCUCGCACGAUUUUCCGACCGCUACAUGCUCAAACUAGAAGCCAAACACAACGACAAAAAACCCGAAUACCGUCUCCCACCCAUGUUCAUCGGUGCAUUUCUCCUCCCCAUCGGAUUCUUCUGGUACGGAUGGUCCCUUGAGUAUCAUACGCAUUGGAUUAUUCCCAUCCUAGGUAGUUCCGUCAUUGCAAUCGGUAUCUUAUUUGGUUAUUUACCAGUGCAGAUGUACCUUGUAGAUACAUAUACCAUCUAUGCUGCGAGCGCGACUGGUGCAUGCACGAUCAUCCGAUCGAUUUGUUCAACGUUGGUUCCGUUGAGUGCUAAUCCGCUCUAUGAUCAUUUGGGGUAUGGAUGGGGGAAUAGUGUUUUGGCUUUUAUUGCUGUGGGGUUUGUGCCGAUAGCGUUAUUGGUGUUGAGAUUUGGAGAGAGGAUUCGAACGAAUGCUCGCUUUCAGCCGAAGUUGUGA